CGGUGUGUGGCGGUGGAAAGCCACCAAGUGUGUGGCCAACUACCGGUCUGGACGGCAGUUGGUGGUGAUCUUUCGAACGGACGAUUACGCGGAUAGAAACCGCGAGGAGACGGUGCGAUCCGAAAAUUCGCGGUGGAUCCGAUAUAAAAUUAUCGUGACCCGGGAAUGAGAUAGAUUCACCAAUGUGAACAUCCGCCGCGCGCACACACACACACACACACACACGAACACACGUGGUUUUUUUCAGUCGUUUGCAAGACAAUAUCGCGACAAAAUAACGAGGCACUGGCUUGGCAGGUAACAGUGGAGAUAGCAUACCAGCAAACAAGCCACUAUGGUGGAAAACGACAAAGCUCCGACGGAAUUGGACACUUUCCUAUCCCACGACGGAUCCCACCUAAAAGAUGGCGUUUUGUCCGCCAAGUACAAGGUACAGGUCGCUCCGCGUGACGUUGAAGGUGGAUUGGGUGAAAAUGAGAAGAGUUUCGAUCCCUUUGCGGAACGCAAAGUCGACAAUCCGACGACGGAUUGCGAUACGUUGACGCACUUGUUAAAAGCGUCCCUCGGCACCGGCAUACUGGCCAUGCCUAUAGCCUUCAAAAAUGCCGGACUGCUCGUGGGUAUAAUCGCCACGAUACUCGUCGCGGUCGUUUGCACGCAUUGCGCGUACAUUUUGGUCAAGUGCUCGCACAUGCUUUAUCACAAGACUCGAAAGACAGAAAUGGGAUUUGCCGAGGUGGCCGAGACUGCUUUCAACAACGGACCUCAGUGGGGGAAAAAAUUCGCGAAACCUUCCAGAUAUCUCAUACAAAUCAGUCUGUUCACCACGUAUUUUGGCACCUGCAGCGUGUACGCGGUAAUCGUCGCCGCAAAUAUCAAACAGAUUAUCGAACAUUACUACGUGGACGGCGGCGAGUACAACAUCCGGCUGAUCACUGUCUACUUGUUAGUGCCAUUGAUUUUACUCAGUUGGGUGCCCGAUUUGAAGUACCUCGCGCCAGUUUCGAUGGUAGCAAAUAUAUUUAUGGCCGCGGGAUUGGGUAUAACGUUCUAUUAUCUCGUCUGGGACUUGCCGCCGGUGACCGAAGUGCCUUUAGUAGCGAAGUUGGAAAAUUUUCCGCAGUUCUUCAGCGUUACCAUAUUUGCCAUAGAGGCGAUCGGCGUGGUGAUGCCCCUCGAAAACAACAUGAAAACACCGCAGCACUUCGUAGGAAUCUGCGGAGUUCUCAACAGAGGAAUGUCCGGUGUCACUCUCAUUUAUAUUCUGCUUGGAUUCCUCGGAUAUGUCAAGUAUCAAGAUCAAGCGCUCGGUAGUAUCACUCUGAAUCUGCCGACGGAAGAAAUACCGGCACAAGUUGUCAAGAUACUGAUUGCUCUCGCAGUGUUCUGUACCUUCGGUUUGCAGUUCUACGUGUGUCUCGAUAUCGGAUGGACUGUCAUAAAGGAUCGCUUCGAAAAAAAACCACUUUUGGCCAACUACAUUAUGAGAACGGUGCUUGUGUGUGGUGCAGUUCUUUUGGCUGUGGCGGUGCCGACCAUUGAACCAUUCAUCGGCUUGAUCGGUGCAUUUUGCUUUUCCAUUUUGGGCCUUCUCAUUCCAGUCUUCAUUGAAAUUGUAACUUAUUGGGACGUCGGCUUCGGACCGGGAAAUUGGUUAGCCUUGAAGAAUGUAAUUAUAUGUGUGAUAGGUUUGAUGGCGUUGAUAUUUGGAUCGCGCAGUGCCAUAAUGGACAUAGUGCGAUUGUACACUUGAUGGAAAAUACGUUUUCCAUUUUUCAUUUAGUGCAAAUAACUUAACCGGGUGUAUACCAAGAGUUUUUUUUUAUUGUGAUUUUGAAUCUGUUUACGAUGUAGGUAACGGAUAUUUUUUAAGAUGAAUCAAAUGUGUAACGCAACAUUCGUGAACAGUUAUUGAAUUUCUAAACAAAGUCAAUAUAAUCAAGAUUCUCGGUGUUUCUAUACAGUCAUAUGUCGAAAAUUAUGAAUUUUUUCUGAUCUUAUAUAUACAUGUUAUCAAAUACUGAUGAUAGGCAAAAACUAUUUCUGAACAUAAUAGACAAAAUUGCAUAAUUUCUCACUGACAACACUAUAAUUUAUUGGUGACAGUGAGAAAACUGAUUUUAUAAAUUUUGUAUAUAUUUUUUUAGAAUUCUAAAUGAAAGUGUUCUACAAUCUUAUAUCGUUAGAUCAAGUAUCUAAUUCUAUACCCGGUAAAAAAUUUUUCAUAUAUAUAUAUACUUAUACACAAAUUAAAAUAAUUAUAUCUAAUUAUGCAAAUUUA